UCAAAGAAACCCUAGCUAGCUCCAGCCCCAAAUCUCUAACUCUCUGUCUCUCUCUCUCUCUCUCACACACACACUCUCUCUCAAUCGAAGGUCAUGGCUCCGGCGCAGCAAACAAAGCUCCGGUGGGGGGAGCUAGAGGAGGACGACGCGGAGGACCUGGACUUCCUGCUGCCGCCGAGGCAGGUGAUCGGGCCAGACGAGAACGGGAUCAAGAAGGUGGUGGAGUACAGGUUCAACGACGAGGGCAACAAGGUCAAGAUCACCACAACCACGCGCACGCGCAAACUCGCCAACGCGCGCCUCAGCAAGCGCGCCAUCGAGCGUCGCUCCUGGCCCAAGUUCGGCGACGCCGUCCACGAGGACGUCGGUAGCCGCCUCACCAUGGUCUCCACCGAGGAGAUCCUCCUCGAGCGCCCUAGAGCUCCAGGUAGUAAACAAGAAGAGCAAAAGGUUGGAGGAGACUUGGCUCAACUUGGGAAAGGAGGUGCUACCCUCAUGCUUUGCAGAACUUGUGGUAAGAAAGGUGACCACUGGACUUCAAGAUGCCCUUACAAGGAUCUUGCCCAACCGUCUGAGGGAUUUGUUGAUAAGCCUACUGCAUCAGAAGCCGGAGCUGCUGCUUCUGGGCCAAGCAAGGGAACAUAUGUUCCUCCAGGCAUGAGAGCAGGGGCAGAAAGGACCACCGGAUCUGAUAUGAGACGCAGGAAUGAUGAAAACUCUGUUAGGGUCACCAACCUUUCAGAGGAUACACGGGAGCCUGACUUGCUUGAGCUCUUCCGGCCUUUUGGUGCUGUAAGCCGUGUUUAUGUUGCUGUUGAUCAAAAGACUGGCAUGAGUAGGGGAUUUGGUUUUGUCAACUUUGUGAACAGAGAAGAUGCUCAGAGAGCCAUCAACAAACUCAAUGGGUAUGGUUAUGACAGUUUAAUACUUAGAGUCGAGUGGGCCACGCCAAGAACAAACUAGGUCAUCAAUAAAUGAGGAUAAUAUUUACCUAGCCUCAUAAUAAGACUUUUGGCUGUAAGUUACUCCUUUUCAAUCUCUGUUCAGAUGUUUUAUGCUGAAUCAAUGUUUGCUCAA